AUGCAUGAUGGUAAACGAACUAUAAUACAUUUGCUGGAUGGGCAACUUUUGGAGCUUACUAUUCAACCGCGUUUGCUUGUUUACGAAUUGCUUAAUAUUAUUGCUAGUCAUGUGGCCUUAAAAGAAGCCGACAAGCAAUAUUUUGCAUUAGCUUAUGUAGAUCAUUUAGACCAGUAUCACUGGUUACCGACGGAAAGGCGAGUAUUGGAAUAUGAUCUUCCAAGAAAAUCCCACCAGACACAGUCCGCUUUGGAGUUACAUCACAGCGUAAAAUUUUUCGUUGAUUCUGUGCUCACUUUGAGCUAUCCAUCAGCUGUUGAACUAUAUUUCUUGGAAAUAGCAAGGCGGUUGGUUAAAGGUUUAUUAGAGUUCACGGAUCUCGAAUACUACAAAAUCGCAUCUAGUUUUUUACAAAUAUAUUGCGGCGAUUAUGUAAGUGAUAAGAAAGCAAGAAGUGCACUUACCGAGCUUAUACCAAUUCCAAAUGGAGUUUUGCGUGCAUAUGAUGUAUCAUUAGAAGACAUUGAAAAGAAUGUGAUUGAUUUAUAUAGAGAUCUCAGCGGUGUCCCUAAAGGAGUCGCAAUUUUGAAUUUUUUACAAACUGCUGAAAGGUCUUCUACUCAUGGGUGUCAUUUUUAUCAAGUUCGUGAUAAAUCUGGACAGCCGUGGACAAUUGCUGUCUUUACUUGGUCUAUACUUGAUAAUCUUUAUUAUCGUGAUCGAAAAUUUUCUAUUGAAGUACGAAGUACACGGGUUAUUCAAUCAUCGGUUAAUGCUAACAGUAUACUAGAUAGCACGAGUUGUUUGGAUUCGGACGAUGAGCUUGCAAAAGCUGUAAAAGAUCCCACUACUCAGCGAUCUGUAGCAUCUUCUGCUGUACAAAUACACGCUUUUUACUGUGAUUCUAAUUUUUUGUGCAAGACAAUUUGGUCAACAGCUAUUUCACUGCAUCAAUUUUAUUUGGACCAACGAACCUGUGCUAGUGCUAAAAAUAUAUUACCGAAUGAUCCAGGAGUUGAAUUGAAACAGUUGGGCGAAAAACUCUGUCGCUUGAUAAGCCAUUCUUCUGUUGCAUCCUCGCUGCCUUCUUUGAAUUCACUGUCUUCGAAUGGGAUGCCGUCAGCAACAGUAUCAGAUGGUUCAAUUGUUUCGUUACCAUCUUUAAAUGGGGUUCACAGUAGAGAAAAAACUGAGGAAGAAAAGCACAGAGAAAUUGAACUCUAUAAACAGCUGAAGAAACGGAAAAAUGAGCUGGAAGAGAAGCUUCUUGCGAAACUGGAUGAAUUACGUGAAGUGUGCAUCAAGGAAGCGGAAAUCACGGGUGAAUUACCGAAAGAGAUUUAUAAAACACUGAUGCCCGGCGAAGAAGAACCAAAAGUGCAGCGGCGUGUUGGAACAGCUUUUUCUCUGAAUGAAGAAGUUUUCAAAAGACCUGUGAAUAGCAACGAUAGAAUUUCCAUGCUAGAAACGGAUGUCGAGUUGCAUAGGAAAAUUGUAGCUGCUGCAGAACGUUUAGCUAAAGAUAAAACAACCAACAAAUCAGUAAGGAAAAAACGCCAAAAAGAUUUGAUAGCAGCGACACAGAAAUUGCGUGGCCUUGAGUUUGGUCUAAGUCAACUCCGACUUUCGGCUAGUAAGCCUGAUGUCAGCUCUUCACUUCACAUUGGCUUCAAAAGUGGUGAUCAUGAAGCUGAGUCAACGUCAUUGGGUGGUCGAAACGAUUCGCAUUCAUUGAUCACUAAAUCUUGUCCAGCUACACCACGGGGUUCGUUUCCGAAUUUACUCACUUCGACAGAAAGUGAGGAAAUGAAAAUAGAUGAUGGUAGUGUCGAUGAUGGGCAAAGAAGAGCUUCCAUGGAAUGUGUUCAACGAUACCCAUCAACAUCAGCUUGCACGAUUGGUUCUCCUCCUCACCAUAUCAUUGAUGUAACCUCUAAAACGAUUAGAGAUCAAUCUUUAGGCCCGAAAAACUUGAGGAGGGCUCCUCCUCCACCUCUUCACCAUCCAUCUCACUUUCCUUGCGUUGUUGACCGUGUAGUUUCAUGGAAUAAACCAUCGAAUUAUAUGACCGAAAGUCACCAAAUGCCUAUAUAUGAAAAUGUUGGCUAUAGAUCUUGUGCUUCUUACAAAAGUUCUUAUAGAGAAAUGAAUUUUCCAACAUUAAAUGAAAAUAGUCGGGAUUAUUCUAUGAUGGCAGCAUCGAAAAGUAGUGAUUUAAAUCGACAAAUAAUAUUGCAGCAGCAUAGCGAGUCAAAUUCUUUCUCAUCAUACCCUGGUCUGAAGUUCGCCGGUGUUUCGCUUGACAAGUGUCGGCAGAAUAGUAGUAGUUGCUGUAGUAGUCCACCUGUUGCUGGCUUGUUGUUGACUGAUGCUAAAACGCCAUUGCGCCAUGCCGUACUGCCAACAUCACGUUCAUGCAAUGAUGGUUUUACAACAGCAAGUUUAGAUCGCCGAGCUGUGAAGGAAAGGCAGUCAUCAUGUAGUUCAAUGGGUUAUUACCAUCGACUACCUGCAAUUGACGAUUCUGUUCAGGAAAUGCGAGCCGAUCAACAAUAUAGUAGACAUUCGGCUGUCAGUGCUCUCCGCUUUACUACUUUCCCGGUUUCUAGUGCCGCAACCAUAGGAAAAGGCAAACUAUUGUCUUCUACUGAUAUUCGUCGUUACCAUCAGCAUCCACCAUUGCAACAAUGUAAUAGCGCGGAACACAGUGUAGCACCGUUAUGGAAUGGAGGUGGCCCCACAGGAUCCUCAUCAAAUUUGCGUCCUCCACCACCUGCUUAUCCAAUUGCUGUACGAAACGGAAUAUUCGGAGGUAGUAGUUCAUUGGAAAAAGCAGUUUCUGCAUCUUCUGAUUUGCGAAUGAAUACCUUAAUGGAUUAUUAUAAAAAUAAAGCGGUUGGAAGAAAAAAGAAUGCCACCAUUGUCUAA